AGGCCAUCUUUCGUGGGUUCGAUUCUUCGAGUCGCACAAGACCAAUUUCCUACUUCCUGGUUAAAGAUGGCGGAUGAGAAUGAGACAGCACCGAAUACGGAGCAAGAAGUAGGAAUAGAAGAAGAUCAUGGACACUGCAGCGACUGCGAGAAUGAAGAACAUCACUUUGAUGAUGGGGAGAAAGGUGACAGUGGAGCCAAGAAGAAGAAAAAGAAACAGAAGAAGAAGAAGGAUAAGUCUGCAGUAAAGGAUCCUGCACAGGACCCGCUGGCAAAGGUGAACUCACUCCCUGCUGAUAAACUGCAGGAGAUACAGAAAGCCAUCGAGCUCUUUUCCGUAGGCCAAGGUCCUGCCAAAACUAUGGAGGAGGCGAGUCGUCGAAGCUACCAGUUCUGGGACACACAGCCUGUCCCCAAGCUAGGAGAGGUGGUGACGUCGCAUGGCUCCAUCGAGCCAGACAAGGACCAGAUUCGAGAGGAGCCCUACAGCCUUCCUACAGGCUUCAGCUGGGAUGCUCUGGACCUGGGAAAUGCUGCCGUGUUGAAGGAGCUCUAUACCCUCUUGAAUGAGAACUACGUUGAGGAUGAUGAUAACAUGUUCCGUUUCGACUACUCCCCUGACUUCCUGCUCUGGGCUCUGCGACCCCCAGGCUGGAUGCCCCAGUGGCAUUGCGGUGUGAGGGUGGACUCCAACCAGAAGCUUGUGGGCUUCAUCAGUGCCAUCCCAGCCAAUAUUCGCAUCUAUGAAAAUGACAAGAAGAUGGUGGAGAUCAACUUCCUGUGUGUCCACAAGAAGCUGCGCGCCAAGCGUGUGGCUCCCGUGCUGAUCCGAGAGAUCACCAGACGGGUCAACCAGCAGGGCAUCUUCCAGGCCGUCUACACUGCAGGGGUAGUGCUGCCCAAACCUGUGGGAACUUGCAGGUACUGGCAUCGAUCUCUAAACCCUCGUAAACUGAUUGAGGUGAAGUUUUCCCACCUGAGCCGGAACAUGACUAUGCAACGUACCAUGAAACUGUAUCGUCUGCCAGAGGCUCCCAAGAGCUCUGGUCUGCGCCCCAUGACGAAAAAAGAUGUCCCUGGAGUCCACCGGCUCCUGCUAGAGUACCUGAGCCAGUUUCACCUGGCCCCUGUCAUGAGCCUGGACGAGGUGGAGCACUGGCUACUGCCACAAGAGAACAUCAUCGACACCUACAUAGUGGUGACCUCGGAUGGAAAGGUGACUGACUUCCUCAGCUUUUACACGUUGCCCUCCACCAUCAUGAACCAUCCCACACACAGGAGCCUGAAGGCUGCCUACUCCUUCUACAACGUGCACACCACCACGACACUGCUUGACCUGAUGAGCGAUGCACUCAUUCUCGCCAAGUCGAAAGGGUUUGAUGUCUUCAAUGCACUGGAUCUGAUGGAGAACAAGACCUUCCUGGAGAAGCUGAAGUUUGGCAUUGGAGAUGGGAACCUGCAGUACUAUUUGUACAAUUGGAAGUGUCCCAGCAUGGGCCCUGAGAAGGUUGGUUUGGUACUGCAGUGACCUCUCCCAUCCAGUGCCAACCCCCCCUCCCUCCACCCCCCUCCCACUGAGCGUCUCGGCAAGGCUCGGCAAUGACAUCCACAGUGACGACCAGAGCGAUGCUACAGAUGGACUUCCUGUGAAGGAACGACCAGCCACCACCGCCCACUUUUACUUUUUGAACUUUGACCCCAGAACCUGCACAACUGCCACAAAGCAGACAGUUGAAAGUUGGGGAAGGCAGGGGUGUCUCCUCUUUCCUCUCGCUCUUUCCUUUCUGUCUUAAAUUCUUUCCUCUUCUCGGUCUCUUUUCUCUUUCUCUCUGUCUUGCUAUACGCAUGGACCUGAAGCCAUUGUAAUUACCAUCAUUGGACUACUCUAACAUCUUAAGUCUCUAAAGAUUGUAACACUCAAUGCACGCACACAAACAAACUCACACUGUACACACACUGUUCAAGUCUCCAUCAACAGCCCAUACACUUGGAUCUGAAGUCAUGUAAUUCUGACAUAAAUGUUACGCUACACUUAAUCUCUAACAUGCAUACACACAACAAAAAAGAAAUCUUCCUCCCUAAAUAAAGGAAGAUGCUUUUGCAAAAAAAAAGGAUAAAAAGAAGAAAAACAAGGAAGUGUGAGGACUUCUUGUCAUUUUUUUCCUCAAAAUGAGCAUUAGAGGAAAACAAUCAAAAAAAAAGUAAACAAUGAAAGAGAAGCAGAAUAAGCAUCAAAAAUCCGAUGAGAGAUCCGAUAAGCAUCCAAAGGGGACACGACAAGGGCUGCUGUCAGUGACUGCAUUAUCUUCACCUCUGUCUCGGAGCGAGGCUUGAAUCCCUCCCCUCCCUGCCCCUCUGCCUGAAUCUCAGUGUUGCCAUGGAGAUAGUGUUGUUAAAAAAUAUUAUAACUUUUCUUUUUUUUGCAAAUUGUGCCCAAAUAAUGGGCGAGUGUGGCAGGCAAGGACAUGAGUGGACAUGCCUUCUGGUUUGUGUGGCUUCUCCCCUCCCACUCUGCUAGCUACUGUAUGCCAUUAGACAAGCCCUCUGAAUAAUACAUGCGAACACCAUAAAUAAAACAGACUCGGAAACAUGGCAAUGGUAGAAUUGUGGGACUGGAUAGGCUACGUGUUAGGUAUUUUUGGUAUAGCGGUUGCAGAUGAGUUUAAAAGCCGUGUUGGUAUUCUGGAGAAUUAAAUUCUCAUGUCAGGGAUUUGUUGGGGAUGGAUGCAUUGAUUGGGAUGGGAGGGAGGGAUUUGGCAUUUGUUUUAUAAACAGUAUAGUUUUUUUGUUUGGGUUUUUUUUUUUGGGGUGGGGGGGUGGCAUUGGAUAGAAUGGUUAAAAACGGGUCCUGUAGCAUUACAGAUGAUGGAGAGACAAAUGUGAAGAUGCAGGUGAUUCUUUUUUUUGUGCUAAAUAAAGUUUAGAAAUUGUGA